UUGAAUUGCGUUCUUGCCCUAAAAAAGGCCUUUGUGAAAUUGUGAUUGCUGCACUGUUAAAAGGUCUGUCCUGCCUGUCAGUGACUUCUUCUACCUGUCUGUGCCUCUCCACUUUUAAUUAACGCAGUGCAAUGAUUAAAGCUUUAACUUAAUUAUCUUUAUCUUUUCUCUCAGGGUGUUCAACCCUCGGCGGGAAACUGAAUGAGACACUUGACGAGAGGAGUGGAGGGGAAAAAAGCAGCGGAGAGAAACUUGGUGAGAUAGAGGGAGAUAUCAGGCAGCUGGAAAAAAACAGAACAAAAAGGAGAGGAGGAGUGACUGACACCUGCCCUCCAGCUCGGUGUGAAGGGCAUAUAAUGGGAGAGUGAGAGGAAGGGCAUGAGGAGAGGGAAAGGAGAGGAGAAAAUGAAGACAAGCGGAAAACAAGGCCUGCCUCAAAGCAAACCUGUCUCCAAUUAGGACAUCUCACCACAAGACAAGAUGAUUACGAGAAAUUUUCUCUUCUUGGUGUCCUUGUGUCUGUGGGAGGGGCUUACAAGAGGUGCCUCAGCCAGUAAAAUUUUACGGAGGAGAGGAGUGGGCGGAUCGCACGUGGUGAAGCUGGGGGAGAGCCGUUCUAUGGACGUGGAUUCGAAUACAAUGCCUGUGGUUACUCUUCGAAACCUGAUUAGCCACGAGCAGGCGAGCGACGCCGGAUCUUUUUCUUACUCCAAGAUGUUGCAGAAUCAUCCUGCCCCAUCUGUAGCUAACAAGGAGAGACAAACUUUCAAGCCCAAGCGCGAGGUUGACUCUGUGGCCCCGCGCACAUUGGCCGCUAGCAAGGAGUUUACCCAGGAUGGGAAGAAAGUCAAAAACAACACCAAGAAUGCUGACUCUUCCAAAACAGGGAGGUCAGAGAAAACAUUCACAGUUCAUCAUAAGACAGAUCUUCACUCUAAUAAAACCAAGUUUAAAUCUGGCUCCAGGUCCAAAGGCAGGCCUGAUUUCAGCGUCCAUACUACAGGCGUGCCGGGGAAAGGUUUCAGCAUAGACUCGAGCCGAAAGCUGAACCUCACUGGCAGUUACGGGGUGCUGAAGCUGCUCUCAAAAGACAACCUGGUUAGGAUUGUCAAUUCCCAAAUGCAGAGCGUUCCCAGCCUGAGCUUUCCGAGCAAGGGCAGCCGGAGCAGGAAGCGAGAUUUGAUUGACGUUAAUCACGGACAGCUAGAGCCUCAGAAAGUGCCGAGACAAGAUAUAGCUGUCACUCAGUCUCAUGUGGGAUAUGAUAAUCAGACUGCAUUUCCUUAUUCAAGCCCAGUCGCCACUACAGAUUUUAAUCGGGACCGGGGCCCUGACACUCGUAUUAAUCCGCUAAGUGAAGUCAAGCCAGCUUUAAGUAAAGGGCAGGACAACUUGGGAAAACAGGGUUCAGAUAGCGGCGAUAGCAAGAGCAAACACUUUGCUCGUUUCCUGUCAACACCUCGCAGCGAGGUCAGUUUGAGCCCUGAGAAGGAAGUAAUGAUUAGCCAAACAGAACGGCCAUUCACAUCGACAAAACAUCUCCCGCUGUACGUUCCCUCCGAAACAAAUGAGUCUCCUCCGUCUGUGCUGACAAUGCAACCCCUGGGAGUGAGACCGGGGAACAGAGCAGCAGAGUCCCAUGGAGACCCAUUAACAGAGUCAGCUCACACUGCUCAAACAGAUCUCAGCACAGCUCAGUACUCCGCAGAUGAAGACAACAAACUUGUCAACAGCAGUCACGUCCUGAGGCUCCACCCUGCUCACGAAUGGAGCCGCGUCGGGGAAGACGCCAAGACGCACGGCGCGGAUCCCAAAAACGCAAAGGGCCUCGUAUUUGAAGAAGCAGAGUCAGAGGUGGAAGAGGAGGAGCGCGAUCGCAUGGAGGUGAAGGGGUCACGGUCUCGCAGCAGGAGGAGCUGGAUCUGGAACCAGUUCUUUGUGAUCGAAGAAUACGCCGGGCCGGAACCUGUGCUCAUCGGCCGGCUCCACACUGACAUGGACAGGAAUGAUGGACGCACAAAGUAUGUCCUGCGAGGCGAAGGGGCAGGCUCGGUGUUCGUGAUAGACGAGAAAACGGGUAACAUCCAUGUCACCAAGCCGCUGGACCGUGAGGAGAAGGACGAGUAUCGUCUCAUCGCCACGGCCACCGACAGGCAGACCGACCGUGCUCUGGAGCCCUCGUCACAGUUCAUAAUUCGGGUGCAGGACAUCAACGACAACCCGCCUGUCUUUGAUGAAGGCCCCUACAGCGCCACCGUACCUGAGAUGGCAAAUAUAGGCACGUCUAUAAUCCAGGUGACGGCGACAGAUGCUGAUGACCCGACGUACGGGAACAGCGCCAAGCUCGUGUACACACUGGUGCAGGGCCAGCAGUACUUCUCCGUCGAUCCCCAGACAGGUAUUCUACGAACAGCUGUGCCCGAUAUGGACAGGGAGACCCAGGACCAGUACCUGGUGGUGCUUCAGGCCAAAGACAUGGGGGGGCACCUAGGAGGAUUAUCUGGGACCACCACUGUAACCGUCAGGCUUACAGAUGUUAAUGACAACCCACCACGCUUCACACAGAGUAUGUGGUCCUUCUCCGUUUCCGAGCUGGCCAUCCCGGGCGCUGAGAUAGGACGCAUCUCCGCAAUGGACGCUGACCUGGGUGAGAACGCCAAGCUGGACUAUACCAUCCUGGAGGGGGAGAGCGGGGACACGUUCAAUAUCACCGGACUGAACCAAGAGGCGGUCAUCACGCUCAACAAGGCCGUAGACUAUGAGAGUCGGAGCUCCUAUUCCUUCUCCGUUGAGGUCCUUAACCCGAUAGUGGACCCCCGCUUCCUACGUCGAGGCCCCUUUAAAGAUCGGGCUUCAAUCCGAGUUGCAGUCCUGGAUGCGGACGAACCACCGAGGUUCUCUCGGGCCAGAUAUCACAUGGAUGUUUCAGAGAACUGCCCGCCGGCCUGCACAGUGGGCCGAGUCAGUGCAGUAGACCCCGAUACUGGUCUGACCAAUAACAUCAGGUUCUCCAUUGAUCCUCAGUCAGACCCAGAGGCUCUGUUUCGUAUCACACCAGAGACCGGUCUCAUCACCACAGCGAUGGAGCUGGACCGGGAGCGUGAGCACUGGCACAACAUUACAGUCAUCGCCACCCAGAGAGACAAUCCCAGCCAAGUCUCCAGAGUUCUAGUUGCAAUAGAGACCUUAGAUCUGAAUGACAAUGCACCUGAGCUGGACAGGCAGUACAACACAGCCAUGUGUGACUCCUCCUCCAUCGGACAGGUGGUGCAGGUGUUGCGGGCGAUUGAUAGAGAUGAGGGUGGGAAUGACAGCACCGUGUAUUUCAGCAUCCCUCCAGAGUCCAGCGCUGCCCUCAACUUCAGCGUCAGGGACAGCGGUGGCCCCACAGCCAGCUUGGUGUUGCUGUCCCAGAUCCAGCCACUGUCCCGUUCCUCAUCCUCCACCUUGACCCUCUACGUGCCGCUCGUCCUGAGGGAUGGGACGUCUGGCCUCACCAGCACUGGGACGGUCACUGUGUCCGUCUGUCCCUGCCUGAAAGGAGGGGCACGAGCCGGGGAGAAAGACAAGGACAAACAGACCGAGGGCGAAUGGGACUGGGAGAAAGAAGCGGUGUGUCUUCCUCAGCAGUCCACACUGCCCUCCCCUGGGCUCAGUACAGCUGCCUUGCUGGCUAUCCUGGCUUGUGUUGCUACAUUACUGGCGGUGAGUGCCCUGUCAUUGUCGCUGCGGCGUCAGAAGCGCGACUCGCUGUCACCGCUGGAGGAGGACGACGUACGCGAGAACAUCAUAACGUAUGACGACGAGGGCGGAGGCGAGGCCGACACAGCUGCCUUCGACAUCGCCGCCCUCCAGAGUGCCCCGCACAGCUCGCGCUCACGCGGCUAUCGCACGCUGGACAGCAGGAACGUUCGUUACUCACAUCGUGCUCAAGACAAAUCUCGCACUUAUAGCUGGGCUCAGAAUCCAGGUGUGGAUCACAACUACUCAGGACCAGCAGGACCCCUUUACGGUCGUCUCUGCUACAGCAGUCACACGUUACCCAUUCUCCGUCGCGCCCCAGGAGGAACGUUCGAGCCAGGCUUGGCUGAGCUGGCGUACCGCUUUCCCGGAGGCCAGCCAGACCAUUCCCUGGUUAUCCAGAACCAAGGGGCCGUGGUCGGGCCGAUGGAGUCUGGGGCGGUGUACAUAGCUCCAACGGAUCUCAGCACAGGAAGCCGAACGGGGAGUCGGACGGAAAGCCGCGACGGGACCGCACCCCAGAGCGGGGUGAGCACGUCCGAUGGAGGGACGCCGAGAACCAACGACAGCCACGACAGAGGAGGAGGAACGGGAACCGCAAGCAACUGUACAGAAGGGAGCUGUGAGGACAAAGUUAACCUCAGUCAAAAUGUGGACUGGGUGCAGUCGGAGACAUUGCCCAGGGAGCACAACCUUGUCAUGACCCGAUCCGGCUCCCUGAUUGGUCAGGGUCACGGCGUAGGAGGCUGGGUGUGUGACUCGGCUACCCUCCCCAUGGCAGGACGCAGGGCCUCUCGUACCGGCAUGUCCCCCAAACGCACAUGUGGCAGUCUGGCUGAAUCUGACUCUGGUGGAGGAGGAGGAGGAGGAGGAGGGGGGAGUGGAGGAGGAGGAGGUGGAAAUGGAAAUGGGACCACCUCCACUGAUGGACAACAACAACCACCUGCCAGUGGACGCAACUAUGCCACUGUCCUGCAGGGGGAAGUAUCUGGACAGAGGGACUACGCUGGCACUCUGGGGAGAGGAGGACUGGAGAUGGGAAGCAACUUUGUGGUGGCAAGGCCAGACAGAGAAAGUGGAGGAGUAUCACUGACCGGGACUCCAUCUGUCUACCCAGAAGCACCUGGCUUUAUUGGGGACUGGCGCGAUCGAGUAGGUAUGGGAGGGUAUGUUUUGGGCAGGAGGGAUAUGACCCCUCAGCUUUUGCCCUUCCCCGGGCAGCCUCGGGCUACAUAUGGCAGUGUGAUGGGCUUUGGGGCCAACUGGGUUCCAGGAAUGGAGGCAGCCAGAGGGGGACCAGGGCACGGGGGUCCCUCCUUGGCACUGCGAGUAGGUGAGUUCCUACGUCUACGCCUUGCCCAGGUCACCUUUGAUCCCUCACAGCCGCCAUACGACUCUGUGCAGGUGUAUGGGCUGGAGGGAACAGGGUCCAGGGCUGGAUCCCUCAGCUCACUGGAAAGCGAAGGGGAGAAGGAUUCAGAGAAGGAGGAUUGGGGGGCGGGGCUGGAAGAGUGGGGUCAAUUCCAGAAAUUAGCCCAGCUCUUCAAAGACAGGGAGAAAGAGAGGGAAGAUAAGGAAAAGGUUGACGAGGGUGCCAAAAAAGAGAAAGAAAUGAAUGAGGAGCCUGAGAAGAAAGUGAAAAAAGAUGGAGUGCGGGCUGGAGAAGAGGGGAAAGAUUGAGGAAGGAUAUAAAUGAAACAAAUAGGGGCAAAGGGGGAUACGAGAGGAAGGGGAGGAAAAGAAGGAUGAUGAAAAGGCAACUUGAGCUCGAAUAAUGUGAAGAGAAGUUAAAGGGGAGAAAGAUGAAGAGGCAAAGUAAUAAAAAGAGACAGAGAAAAAUGAGCCUAGGGAGGAUGGAGAAUGCGAGGGCAGGGGAGGGAGUGAUUGAUGUAAUUUAUAGCAAUAAGUGUUGAAACGCUGAUAUGGUUGAGCACAGAUACUGAGACAAUGCAGAGCCUGCUUCUGCUCGGGGCAGCAACAAUUUGUUAAACGCUUUGGACAGAGAAAAACAACUCAAACAUCCAAGACUCGAUUAAAUUCAGCUCUCACGUAUGGAAUGAGAAACAGCAGGAGGCGAGAAGGAAGACGUCUGGUGCGCCAAUCUGAUCCCAGUGUCUGCGUGUUUGUGUGCGAGAAAAGUCAGUGAGAAGUGCGUGACAAGUACGUGUGAAGUGCGUGAGAAGUGCGUGAGAACACGUGCGCAACCGAGCGCGUGCCGUAUGCGUGCAUAUUUAACAGAGAUGGAGCAAAAGAGAGUGGCAGGGGAAAAUCGAAAUACCCAGAGACAAUUUUUGAGAUGAGACUGAUGACUAAUGCUGCGUAAUGCCGCAACAUUAGCUUUCAGGACGACGAGGCAGGAAAAAACAGUUAACGACGAAGUUUAGAAAGUAGGAUAAGACACAGGGGAGGGGAAAAAGUGAUGUUUGACUAUAAAGGGAAUGGGUGGCAAGGAUGUAUAGAGAGAGAAAUGGUCUUGGAAGUGAGAUGAUUGUACAGAAACUGUUGCUUUUUAUUCCAUCUGCAGUGGCAGAAAAAGUGAAUUAUUCAGCUUGCUACUCCAUUCCAAAUGAAAAUGAUGAAUCAUUUAAAUCCUGCAAAAGAUUCUUCCUCCUCUCAGCCUACGAGGAAAAACAGACAUUGUGAAAAAUUUAAAUGGUUUAGGAAUAUGAUCCCCCCCCUCCCCGGACCCUCUCGGUUCUUCGCCCCCCUCCCAUCCCCCCCAGCUAUUUUGUAGUUGAGUGUUGUUAUGUUUACAAAGAUUCACACACAAACACGCGGCGACACAAAAGAACUGAUUAACACCACAAGGCUUUGAUUGUACUACAGUAAAUUACAUAAUCCACGAGUAUUCUGUGUACCAUACGGGGCCGUGAGGACUCUGUUAUUGAUGGCAUAAAUGUGUCUUUUUUAUGAAAGAAGUCUGCUUUUUUCGAAUUUGCCUACCCCACUUCCCCAGUCUCACAUGCAUGAUUUUACAACAACAACAAUAAAAAAAACCCCACAAAAUCAGUUUCCACUCCAAAUGCUUGUACGGCCCAAUGGAACAUUUCCACGGAUCUCUAAUGAAAUUGUAGUGAAACACAACCACAGAGACAGGCUUUUUCUUUUUCAUUUUAUUUCUUGUUAAAAGGUCAGGAUGCAAAUGAGCUGGAGAUUUCAGCUGGAAUGCACUUUUAUACUGUGUGAUGUUCAAUAAUAGAUAACGAAUCAUGUCGAAGAUUACAGUUGUUUUAUAAGAUGUCAGCUAAACGAAGAUAUCAUGUUUGACUGUAUGUAAAAAAAACAAACAACAUUUGUAAAUACCACUAAGUAUUACUGCUAAAAGAGAGUAUAUAAAAUUUAAAAUGUGUAAAAAAAAAUAAAAUAAAAAAUGUCUAGAACAGAACUUAGAUGUUGAAAAUGGAGCACUGUUGGGAUUACCUGUAUGUACUGUAGAUUAGAAAUGGAUUAACUGCGCUGGACUGCCUCCUGGACUCAAAACAACACCAUGUAUUCAACAUCUGUGUUUGGGUUUGCUGUGUGCUAGCUCUUUGUCUGAGAUGGACAAGCCAAGGAUUCAAUUAUACAUGUGACCUCUGGCAGAAGUUUGUUGUGCAAAAUAUUAGUUACAGGAAGCCUGUGAGCUAACCUGUGCCAGUGAAGAUCCAUUUGAUGAAAAUCCAGUGGAGUGAGGAGAAAUCCCCCUAAUGGGUAUACAAAACAAAACAAAAAAAAGUCAGUGUUCCCUAAAAUCUGAGUUAAUCGCCUGCAAAAGUGGAAUAAUAUAGAAUUUAUAAUAAAUUUUACACGGCCUGAGAGAUGUGGAGGUUUUAUAGAUAGUUGCGUCUCUUGAAAAAUAUGACAAACACUACGUUAAGGAAAAGUGUCUUGUGUGCAUUUCAGGCAAUGCAAUUCAAAUGCCAAAUUACUGACGCAUUAUGGUCUACAUAAGCAAAUUUUCUUGCGUGAAAUAACAACUUAGCUCUAUAAUGUGUUUAUUGCUACGGUGGCCCUGAGAGGUCAGAUGUACUGCAACUUAAGGAAACACCAGCAAGUAGAAAAACUCUACAAAAAUUCACAAAUGACAAGAAAAGUAAAAAAAAACAAAAACCCAGAAAAAAACAAGUGUUUUGGGGUGACAGCAACGUAACGAAACAGCUGCUGAUGAAGUAAGACACGUUUAAAAGAAGCAGAAGAUUCACAUAAUACCGUAGAUUCAGGUUUGCUAGUAGCCGUUUACUGUUAGCUUGUUACGUUAGCUGUUCUGUCAUGAUAUUGUCUCCCUAAAAAACACUGACAUUGUCUUUUGUGAGUUAUGUCUUUUUAUUUUGGAGGUUUCUUUCAUAAUGUUUUUUAAAUUUCUGUUUUAUUCACUUCCAUUCUGUUUUGUGUGCUUUUGUGGCAUUUUUAUAUCUGCUGGUGUUUCCUCAGGUUGCGGUGCGUUUGGCCUUUCAGGGCCACCAUAGACUAAGCCUGAAAGUUACUUUAGUCCAGAGAGGAAUUUAGCCACAACUUGAAUGUAUGGACGUCUUUGGCACGCCAUCACAGAAGUGUCACUGUUUCAUUCUUUGUAAAGUCACACCAGGCUCCCAGCUUCGCUAGUGUCCGCCAGUUUGGUCCACCAUAAUCUUGUUGUCAAGGUCUUCUGCAGCAUUUUGUUAACCGGUCGAGAAGCCGGUGACAUGAAACAAAAUCCAUAUGUGUCUCUCUACCCUUUACCCGAGCCACAGACUUUUCCAUACAGUGCCACUGUGCAGACUGGACAGUAUGGGGACCAAUAUACUGCACAAUAACCAGAGAAGACAGGGAGGGGGGUGCAGAACCUCAGGGAGAGCUGAUUUGGGAUUCAUUUGGAUGAUGAACUGUACCUCUAAAAACUUUCACCUGCUAUUUUAGCAAAACAUAUUUGGACUUUUAGACACUCAGAGGACAGAUUUAUGUUUUUUACAACAUGUCUUCAUUUCUGCUAUAUCAUCAGUAAUAUCUGUUCUUCAGGUAGUAAGUUAGUUUCAAAGACCUAGGAGUUGGAAAGUUUUUGCUAAAAACACUGAACCUUGCCAGUUUCUUCAGUCAUUCACGUCAUUUAUAUUAAUUAAGAGUUAAUGCAUCUGAGAAGCUCUCAAGAGGGCCUCUUGACAAACAUGUUGCAUCAAAAUAACACAGAGAGGCUUCUCUAGUAAUUUGAACUCAAACAUAAAGAAGGCUCACUGUUCUGUUUGUAUUUUGAAAGAUCAAUGUGGGUGAAAGAACUUUGCUUUGUGUAUCGUAUCCUAGAGAACCGUGUGAACGAGGAACUAAUGUUCUUCUGACUCAUUUUUGGAGGUGACUAAGCAGCUUCAAGUGCAUUACAAUCCCCUGUAAAGUGCAGUAGGAUGGAUCUGAUUUGCAUUUAGCCAAUGAAUACAAAAACACACACUCCGUUGAUACCCAAAACACCGACUUUAAGUAAUUUGAUUACAUGUAUUUCUUCCAGUGUUACAUUACAUUACAUUUUACAUUAUAUUACAGAAAUAUAAUGUAAAAUGUUAAAUUCAAGUCUAGUCAGAUGAAAUCUACUUGAUUGGCAUAUAUUCACUUUAUACUAAGCAUAUCUUCCUUAAUAAUUAAUUAUCUGAAUAAGGAAAUAGAUAUUCGAUUUUAUAUAUUUCAGUUGCAUUUUACUCAAAGUGAUUGCUUCUUUUAUGAGGUUGAAUCAUUUUGGCUGCAGAAGUGGAAAUGAGAACUGAUUCAAUCAAAAACACGCAUUCCUUUCCGAUUUGCCUUCAACUAAUCUUCCUAACCUGCUGGUUUUGACUUCGUUGCACGUUCGGUGAGCACAGUGAGCUGAAAUAAUGGUCAAAAUUACAGUUACAAUUUACAACAGCCAUUCCUAAAACAAACAAAACCAGAAACAUCCUUUAUUUAUCAUCCGCUCGGAAUAAAAAGUCUCGAAUGAUUAUUUCACCGGUUUAGGAAUGAGAAUUACUAAAUUAUAUGUGAUGUGUUCUCCCUAGCAUUUAUCUCUAAUGCGCAUACUUUCUGAGCCGCUUUUCCCCAGAACACAUGUAUUAACACUCGCCGUAUUUUCAGAGCAGUAUCGUUUUAGGCAGACAUUUUAUAAGCAAUUAGUAUGCUACACCAAUAAGUGACCCUGUGCACCGUUCUAAUUAUAUGGUCUAUUCCUCGGUCUUGAUUGGCUCCAGGUGUCUCAUCUCUGCUGAUUCAAAGCUUUGCUUUGGCUGAUUGGUCAAAAUCAAAGUGAUGAUUCUCCUGAUUUGUCUUAUUUCAGAGUUCUGGAGUGCUGUGCCGACUAAACCACUUGACAGAGCUGAUUAUCCCACCUCCUGAGCCCGGCAAAUUGGUUCAAUCAAAAGCGUGAUUAGUUGAAUCAGUUGUUUUAAAUAGAAUAAAAGCCUGAAGUCUCCACAGCACCGCGUGGCUCUUUUUUUCACUCUUUUAGCCAGCUUAGGUGCACCAACAGAGGAAAGCGGUCCAUUUAUCACAUCUUCCCCUGAAUGAGCCUCAAUAUUUAGGACAGUGAAGCUCCACUUAAAGGACGGGCACAGAUACCUUAGUAUCUAGUUAAUGUAUGUAGCUCAAAGAUGCAGAGUAAAGGUCAUGACCUCUGGCCUCUGACCCUAAACAGAUCGACCCUCACUGGUUCUGCACCCACCUUCCCCCCGUGACUUCAUUGCUCCUGCACGAUGUUGAUACAAUUCCACAAUUGCGUGCUGAACAAAGUGUAUUUAUUUCUGUUGUACUUUUUCUUUUUGUAAAUUUGAAUAAAAAAGGAACUAUUUCAAA